UGCGUUGGAGCAUGCCUACUACGCUCGAACAUAAACAAAGGCAGUACGCAGCGCUGGUAUAAACUGUACUCUUCUGUCAUUUUAUAUGCUAACAAUACCUACAAAUUGGGGAGCGACUUAUUCCUGGAGCAAUGGAAAAUGCAUUACUGAUGCGAGUGAGUGUGUUUACCGACCAGGGAGGCAGGAAAUACAUGGAAGAUGUGACCGAGAUCAUAGUGGAGCCCGAGCCGGGAGAAGACGAGCCGACGUCGGGUGAGCCAGAGGAAAGCGGUGAGGGGGGAGACUGUACGGUCAACUCUCCGGCGGUGCUCACGCCUCUGCACCGGACUGAAGAAACCGCGGCGUCCCCGGAGGUUCCAGAUGAAACAUUUGAACCUGUGCGAACGGAAGACCAAAGCUCAUCCGCGGAAACAUCUUCACCGGGAGGUCAGAGCCCAGCCAGCCGAGCUCAGCAGCAGACAACGGCAAGCCGUUCCCGCCGUUCCGUGGCGUUCUUCGCCGUGUUCGACGGUCACGGGGGUCGCGAGGCUGCGCAGUUUGCACGAGACUAUUUGUGGGAGUUCAUGAAGAAGCAGCGGGGGUUCUGGUCCGACUGCGACCGGGAAGUCUGCGCUGCUAUACGGAAAGGAUUUGUAGCCUGUCACCACGCUAUGUGGAAAAAGCUACCUGAAUGGCCAAAGACACUCACAGGCCUUCCUAGCACAUCGGGCACCACAGCCAGCGUAGUGGUUAUCCGAGGAAAUCGCAUGUACGUGGCCCAUGUUGGGGAUUCUGCAGUGGUUCUAGGGAUCCAGGACGACCCCACAGUCCCAUUCAUCAGAGCUGUGGAAGUCACGCAAGACCAUAAACCCGAACUACCCAGAGAGAGGGAGCGUAUUGAAGGUCUUGGGGGGAGCGUGAUCAAGAAGUCUGGAGUGAACCGGGUCGUCUGGAAGAGACCGCGGCUGAGUCACAACGGUCCGAUCCGCCGCAGCACGGUCAUCGACCAGAUACCGUUCUUGGCAGUAGCCCGAGCUCUAGGUGACCUGUGGAGCUACGACUUCUACAGCGGGGAGUUUGUGGUUUCUCCUGAGCCAGACACCAGCGUCGUGACCCUUGACCCCAGAAAACACCGCUACAUCAUCCUGGGCAGCGAUGGCCUGUGGAACAUGGUUCCACCUCAAGAGGCCAUUUCCAUGUGUCAGAACAACGACGAGGUGAUGGCACCAUGUGGAGUGUCGAGUGCCCGGCAGCUCGUCAGCCACGCUCUGCUGCGGUGGCGCCAGCGGAUGUUGCGUGCCGAUAACACCAGUGCCAUUGUCAUCGCUCUGCAGGAGCCCGGGACCUCCCAGGACACCCUGCACCACGAGGAGGUGCUUCUCGACCUCGCCAAGGUGUCCCAGUGUCCCCCCGCCUCCAUAUCUCGUGCUGACACUCCUCUCCUCCAGCGACCUCCAGAGGAAGACUCUCCCUCUGCCGUGUGCGAGCUCCUCCCUACCCUGGAGCGACGGGACGGACUAUCAGGAGGCAGCAGCCUGUACCACAUGAAUCUGUCUGACCCGUUUACUCUGACUCCGCUGUGUCCGAACAGCAGUGCUGAGCUGCCCAGUCAGUCCAGCCCCUCUGACAGAACAGCUGGCAGCAGGACGCCCAACAGCAAAAGAACUAUUGAUGGAUCAUCGCCAUCAUCGUCUUCAUCGUCGUCACCAUCAUCCGGCCAUUCGGCUAAGAAAGCCCGGCGCAGGACUGCCGACAGGCCGCCCCUGGUCCAACACAACGCAGAGAAGAAACAGAAGGAGUCCAGCAAUGUGUCCCCGAUUCUUCAGCAGCAUAACAAGACCACAGUAUGUGUGUACUGAAACACACACACACACACACACACACACACACACACACACACAUAUACAUACAUACAUACAUACAUACAUCAGCCUGCUGCCUCCCACUGUUUUCCUCGUCUCCAGUGGCAUUCCUGUUCCUUAUGUUUGCGACUCUCCUCACUAACUGUGCUCUACAGGUUAUGGAGAGAUUUGUCUACUUACUCAGCACCAGUAAAAUACUUAAACUUAAGUUUGUUUUUUUUGUUUUUUUGUUGUUGUUUUUUGGACGAGUGCUCAUUUUCAUAAGACUUCCUGUGUCUUUGUUUCCUCUAUGAAAUACUGACUUCACCUCUUUCUGGUAACAGUUGUAAGAAGUACGUAAUGAUGCUGGCGUAAAUAUUAUGCAUUUUAUAGUUGAGUAUUGAGAACUAAGUCAAACUGUUCAUUUAAAACAAAUAUAUAUUUUUUAUAUAUUAUUUUAGUGUCUAAUAAUAAAACAUGAAAAUGUCUUUUAGAUGAGCUUUCAUCUCCUCACUCUUCCCAGAUACCAUUGUGUGCACACCCUGUGUUUAAGCAUAUUUCUGUAUUUUUAUUAUUAUCAUCAUAUUUAAUCACUGGAGAUUUGUCUUGAAUAUGAAGGUGCUGCUACAGUCACAAACCAGUAAGCUACUACAUUGUGUAUAUUUAUAGUUAAAUAUAUGUAAUAAGUGUGGGUAGCAUGUUUUUUUUCUUUGCGAGUACAUGUUUGACAGAGCACAUCUGCCCCUGUGAGGUUUCCAAUCAAGGAAGUUGUUGUUAAAUUUUAAUUGCACAAUUAAUCUGAAGGGAUUAAUCCUCUCCCUCAGUCAUUUUACAUUGUUGUGAUUUGUAAUCGCUUCCUGUGAGCCUGCUCCACACACUCAUACAUCAGGUAUGAUUUUUUUUUCUGUUUCUGAGAAUGCCUUUCAGCAGCCUGAAGCUUUUGCAGGAGUGUGUAUGUCUGUCUCUAUUAUGAUGCAUUUACUGAACGUCAAGGGGGCUCGAAAAACAAACAUUUCCUGUGGUUCGGAGUUUAUGUUUCUGAUUAUUUAGUGCUGCCAGACUUCCAUUGUGACUCCACUGGAGGUAUUAGUGAUGUCACCUUGUCUGUCAGCCACACAUGUACGGCAAUAAGAGAAAUGCUCCAUCACAAACAUGUUGGUCCCGACAGACAAGGACUGUCUCACACCACCAGUCUAUCCUGCCACCUUAUUCAGAUAACAGCUGUUGGUUCUGUUUCGUUGAGGCAGGUCGAGAGGUUUCCAGAACAUUUUCUUAUACAAGCCAUUGUCCCUCCACGCUGCACCUGCAGUUGUAUCGUUACUGAUGUAUGCACAAGGCUCAUUUGUGAGUAAAUACACUCUGCAUGGACUUUCUAAGAGAAUAUUUUUGCACUAUUACGGUGACUAUAAUCUUUGAGGAAGAAAUGUUUUCUUUUUUCCUUUGAAAAUGAUGUAGUGAAAAUUGGAAGAGAUGAUCGGAGUCUAAAACGAAAAGUUUCAGGACAAAUAAUCAGAUUAUUUUAAUUUAAACAAAAAGAAGGGAAUCCUUAUUAAUCUGAGUAAUUUUCAGAACAUGGCUCUGCCCUCUUUUACCUCUGAUGUUUUUCUUACAUAACAGACAGUGUAUGAUUCAAAUGAUAAAUAUUCACUGCGAGAGAAUAUUGACCAUGACACAGAUACGACACACGUCUUAAUCUUUGUAAAACCUUGUUACAUUAUGAUGUAUUUUCAUUGAGCUAAGUGCAAUUUCUAAUAGGAAUUUGUAGCAUUAUGAAUUGGUUAAAAAAUAUUGUACAAUAUUGAUUGACAGUGUUGGAGGAACGAUAAUGCUCAUGUGUGACAUGUUCUCUCUGCAAAUACAGUCUCUUACUUUGGAUCCCUGUAUGAUUUUUAUAUACUAUUUUUGAGAAUAUUCAUUUACUCUGUUGAAUAAUGACAUACCUGAUUUAGAUGGCUGUACUGACAGCAGACAAGUGCAUGUGUACAGUGCAAAUGUGAAAAACACUUAC